AUGAUGGUCUCACACCACUACCACUACUAGUAGUCCAGUACAAGCCAAAUGUAAGUGCAAUGCAGCACGUAUCCUUUAUUUGGUGGUUUCGAAUCUGAACGUGCUUUAUUAUGUGUAUUUAUGCACUCAAUAUGAAGCAUUAAAUCUACAUUAUGGUCUCACACCACUAUCAUUCUUUCUUUAUUCUGGUCAAGGAAAGAAUGGCUCUACAAUAUCUGAAGUCAUUUCUGAAGCGAGUGCCUCAUGACCCAAAUGAUAUCCUUUUCAUGUUUGUUUUAUCUUUCAUCAGCAUGCUGCUGCUGUUGUUUAAGCUCCCUAGAGGAAGCAAAAGGAACCUUCCUCCAUCUCCACCAAAAUUGCCAUUCAUUGGCAAUUUCCAUCAAUUAGGAACAAUUCCUUAUCGCUCUUUUCAAACUCUCUCGCAAAAGUACGGUCCUUUGUUGUUGCUGCAUCUGGGUCAUCUUCCCCUGUUGGUGGUUUCCUCUGCAGACAUGGCCAGAGAAGUGAUGCAAACCCAUGACACAGUUUUUUCAAGCCGACCCCACCUCACAUCAACAAAAGCCUUACUCUACGGGUGCAAUGACAUAGGAUUUGCGUCCUACGGUGAUGCGUGGAGACAGAAAAGGAAACUUUGUGUGCUUGAAUUACUGAGCCUUAAAAGGGUGCAGUCUUUUCAGUUUAUCAGAGAAGAGGAAGUAGCAGCUUUGGUUGAGAAAAUACGCAGUAAUGGUACUUGCUCUGUGAACCUUAGGGAGAUACUUAUUGCAACCACAAACAACAUAAUUUGCAGGUGUGUUUUCGGAAGAAAAUAUGAUGUUAAAGGUUGCAGUUUCGGACCGCUUGUGGCAAAGAUGAUGACUCAACUUUCUAAUUUCAGUGUGGGGGAUUUGUAUCCUUUGUUGGGUUGGGUUGACGUUCUCACUGGCCAGAUUAAAAAAUUCAAGGCCACUUUUGAAGAAUUGGAUGCUUUUUUUGAUAAUGUAAUUGCAGAGCGUAAGAUGGAAAGGAGGUAUUUUGAGAAGAAAAAAGACUUCCUUGAUAUUCUCCUUCAACUGCAGGAAGGGGGCAUGUCAGAGUUUGAGCUCACCCAAGAUGACUUGAAGGCUCUCUUACUGGACAUGUUUUUGGCAGGAACUGACACAUCUUCAACAACAUUAGAAUGGGCUAUGGCAGAGCUGGUGAAAAAUCCAGCCACAAUGAAGAAAGUCCAAGAAGAGGUAAGAAGAGUUGUGGGGAGUAAAUCAAGAAUUGAGGACAGUGAUGUAAAUCAAAUGGAGUACAUGAAAUGUGUCGUCAAAGAAACUCUUAGGUUGCACCCAGCAGCUCCUCUUUUGGUUCCUAGAGAAACAAUUUCUAGUGUUAAGCUCGGAGGGUAUGAUAUUCCUAGUAAAACAAUGGUAUAUAUCAACGCAUGGGCAAUUCAAAGGGACCCUGAGUUGUGGGAAAGGCCAGAAGUGUUCAUACCUGAGAGAUUUGAAAACAGCAAGGUUAAUUUCAAUGGUCAAGACUUUCAAUUUAUCCCCUUUGGUUCUGGGAGAAGAAAAUGCCCUGGUGUGACAUUUGGGCUUGCUUCCACCGAGUACCAGCUUGCUAAUCUUUUAUGUUGGUUUGAUUGGAAGUUACCUACAAGUGUUCAAGAUCUAGACAUGAGUGAAAAAUUUGGGCUCAAUGUGAACAGAAAAGUUCCUCUCUAUCUCGAACCAAUACCAUACAACAGUAUCUGAACAUUAGUGUUGAUCCUCUACUGUUGUGUUUUGUUUUUGUAAUAAAUGUCUAGUAGACAAAAGUGUGGUGUUUCAUGCAAAUAAAAGAAAGUGUAAGAAUAAGUAAUUGGGACAAUGGUGAGGUGAUCGUAGGUGGUUGACAUUUACUCUGCCGGCCCAAGCAUUGGAUAAAUAAGUUUUUAAUAGAUGGUCCAGAUAGUUCACUUGUAACCUAGUGAUGACUGGCUAUAUAAAAGUCAUAAUUUCGUCCUUUCA